AUGGGUAUGGAAGAUCACAAAACCAGCCUAGAGAAGAAUGGCAAACAUGAGGUUGAUCGUGAGAAGGAUGAGGGUGUUCAGCAUCUAACAAAUAAUCCUGGAGAAAUGGGUGGGUGUGCUGUUGCGUUGUGCGUUAUCAAGGCCGGGCAAAGGCCUGACGACGAAGAUGGAGCUUUAAAGCCCUCUUUUCAAAAUCAUGUUAGGGAGUUGGUUUAUAAUCACGAUCUGGCUAUUAUGGUUGUUAUGGAAACCCGAAUUGGAGGUGAUAGAGCUAGGGAUAUCUCGGAUAGGUUGCCAUUUGAUGGGGCCAUCCAUUCAAACAUGAUUGGAUUUGCUGGUGGAAUAUGGCUUCUUUGGAACUCAGAUAAAGGUCCUAGAUUUCAUGAAAGAUGCAUUUUGUGGAACUAUCUUAAAAAUGCUGCUGAUUUGCAUGAGAAACCUUGGAUAAUAGCUAGAAAUUUUAAUGAAGUUCUUGCUGAUGGGGACAAGUUUGGGGGUAGAGCUGUUAACUCAAACAGGUCUUUACUAUUUAAAGAUUGUCUUGACUAUUGCAACAUGAUAGAUAUGGGGUUCAAUAGGUCUCGGUUCACUUGGACGAAUAGACGUAAUAUAAAUGCUCUAGUCCAAGAAAGAAUUUAUCGUUUCUUUGCCAACCCAAACUGGUGUGCUGCCCACCCCGAUGCGAGGGGUUUUUCUCGACCUCUCCAAGUGGCUAUUGAUUGUUUUUCCAAGAAGGCUUCGGAUUGGAAUAAGCACCAUUUUGGAAACAUUUUUGUGGGGAAGAAGAAAGUUUUAGCUUGGCUGAAUGGGAUCCGGAAAGCUUUGGCAGAAAAUCCUUCUCAUUCUUUUGUUGAAAUGGAGAAAUCCUUGCACAAAGAGUUAAAUGAUAUUCUCUGUCAGGAAAAGGAGUUGUGGGUGCAGAAGUCUCGCAUUAAUCGGCCGAUUGAGGGUGAUAGAAAUACUGCGUUUCACCAUAUGUCUACCAUUGUAAGGAGAAGACAUAAUCGUAUUUCGCGUAUAAAGAACGAUAUGGGAGAAUGGAUCACUAGUGAGGGUGGGGCUAUGUCUUUCAUUAGAGAAGGGUUUAGCAAAUUGUUUUCAACUACCCUUAAUUGCUCUCCUUUACAUAUCCCUCGACCCUCCAAGUGGCAAGUGGUUUUGUCAGAAGAGGAUAAGGGCAGCCUGAAUUUGCCAGCGUUAAAGUGGAUCUUGAAAAGGCUUAUGACAAAAUUGAAUGGAGUUUCAUUCGGGAAGUGUUGA